AUGAUGAAGGUUGCAAGUGCAGGCAAGCAAUACAGGGAACUUAUGAACGCGGGGACGCUUCGAGGGAUCACCAAGGACGGAAAUCCACUGGCCCUUCACAUGGCCAUGUUCAUACCGGCCAUCAUGGGCCAAGGGACGAGGGAGCAGCAGGAAAAGUGGCUUGGGAGAGCACUGAAGGGCGAGAUCAUUGGGACGUAUGCACAGACGGAGUUAGGUCACGGGACGUUCCUUCGAGGGCUGGAGACAAGGGCGACCUAUGACCCUGUCAAGGAGGAGUUCGUGCUACACUCGCCCUCCGUCACGGCCAUCAAGUGGUGGCCUGGAGGGUUGGGCAAAACCUCGAACUACGCGGUGGUGAUGGCGCAGUUGUACAUCGAUGGAAAAUGUUUUGGCCCGCACCCUUUCAUGGCGCAACUCAGGGACGAACGAACACACGAGAGUCUCCAGCACAUUUCUCAGGGUAUUCAGCUAACGCAAAGCCUACCUGUGCUGAUGCAGAUCUGCACAUUACAUAGUACAGAACAUAAGAACAAUCGCUCUUGA